UUGUAUAGUAGUCUCUCAACCAAGAACGUGCUACUUUCUGAUUACAUUAUUAUGUAUACGCUGCAAAACAUGUGAAUUUUCACAAUCUUAUUACUGUUUGCACCCAGUUUUCGGAACAAUUUUCGGACAUAUUAAAGAAAAGAAAAAAGUUUCACGAGAGUAUACAAAUUUAUACGUGUCUGUAAACAAGGGUACGAAGCGGGUGGAAAACUUUGCAAUUAUAAUACUAAAAAAUUCACAAUACAAUUUGCCAUUUCCUCCCGACAGAAAAAGAGAAGAAGAGUGAAGGGAUUCUCCCAUUGUUAUUAUCUGUUGUCAGUUUAUUAUAGUUUGGUUUGUGGGGACGCUAUAUGUAUCAUUUACGCAACCCAUCCAAUCUCUUCUCCUAUGGUGCUUCACGCUUCGCUGGUUUUCCACAUGACAUGUCCCCAAAUUUUCCAACCCACAAUUGUCAAAAGUUACCGUGCCGCUCAACAUAAUAAAUUCAUUUCCAUCUGGUUAAAUCUGUACUGUACAAGGAUACCAUACAACUAACAAAACAAAAACAAACCUUGGAAAAAAAUCUGAAUGUGCAGUGGUCAGGUUCCCAGCUUAGAAAAUGUCCUUAAAAUCUUGAAAUUUCAUAUUUAUAAAAAUUUCAAUUAAGACUGUAAUUGUGUUCACUUGUUACAUAAUAAACCCAGCAAAAUGGGGAUGAAACGAGCAUCCAGCGUGGGGACACCGUCCAUUUACUCCCAUUCCCAAGCUACGAGAUCGCACACCACCACAAGAUCCCACGCCACGGGGAUGAGAUCUGCCAGAUCGGCAAAAUCACUCCAGACGCCAUGGUACAAACGCCCCUUACUUGCCACCUGCUUCGGCUUCGAUGUCCAGCGCUUAUCCCUUUACACUGCUUUCUACUCAAUUUUUAUCAGUUUGUUCACCGUAAUUACGUCCUGUUUCGACAUAUAUUGCUUAAGUGAAGCUGCCCCUAGAAGCGUCCACUACGGCUACUACUUGAUAUCUUUUGACUUUGUGUACAUAGGGAACAAACAUGUGCGUAACUCCUUAAUCGGUAUUGCUGUUCUUUCAACAAUAGGAGGAGUAGCCUUGUUUCUGACAACACUCCAAUUGAUUCAAGCAUUACGCAAUGAAUAUGAACAUCAAAUGACUCCAUGGCUGAUUACCAUGAUGGUGUUUGGCGUAUGGAGAUUUUUUGGCUUUAUUUUCGCCGCUGUGGUGAAUGACAUGAUAUUCACGUACAACAUUGUGAUGUGCAUAUCUUGGCUCUUAUUCACCAUUUUAAAUGCGGUUGGAUGGGCAUCCGUGUAUUCGCUGUUCUUGGAGCUAUGUGACUUGACAAAGUUGGAAGAUUUCGCACAUUUGAGGAUGGGAACAAUGGCGUCACUGAAUACACAAUCCAUCGCUGGCUCUCGACCUGUGACACCGUACAGUGCUACACCAACUAUGCAAAUGCCGCUAGCGUAAAAAAAGGUUAUGAAGCACGUCAUUAGUUAUAUCGACUAUUACCGAGAUUAGAUAUAUAUAGAAAUAUCGAGAUGUUUAUAAAAAACGUUCAUAAUAAUAUGAUAAAUAAGUAGUUAUAAAAUUGUAGUAAUUAAAGCGCACUUGUCUUUAUACAUUUAUUUAGCACAAAUAAUAAGUGAGUAAAAUCUACUAUGGUUUAAGAUAAAUCUUUAUUUUAAUGUGUUGUACAUAAACAUUCUUCAUGACUGUGAUUCAAAUGAAAAUAUUUAGUUUUAAUCUUGGACUCCAGUGUUAAAAUUCCUGGGACCUUCCUUGACUUGUUCCUCAUUGUCAAACAUUAUGAAAAGCGGUUUCUGCAUCGUAUGAAAGUGCAUAAGCAAAAUGCAGUAUUUUAUAAUUUUAAAUUUUGAACACAAAACUAUCAGCACCCAAUCGAUUACAAUAUGACAAACCCUGCAUUUUACAAAAACUAA